ACCUAUACAGUAUGCGAGCGAAUGCAAUAUUGGAAAAUAAGCAAUCAAUAAUAUUCAUUCACAUCAAUACCACCAAGGUCUUGUGUAUACAUACAUCUGUCUUGUCUUAUAUUCUUCAUCCUCCUAACAUCUCCAUUUUUCCCUUUUUUCUACCUAUUCACCAUGAUUAUGUGAAUUAGCUUCAACGUCGUACGACCAUGAUAUAGGAAUACUAACACGAAUGGCCCCUAUCCUGAAUCCUUACGAACUUUAUAUCAACCUAUCAAUAAUCGCCGACUGAUAGUACUACCAACGACUUGCGCCAAAGCUUAUCCACAAGAACAAGCAAAAUCCUUCAUUGGAUGGUCGAGUGUCAAACUUAAUACACUUGUUUUUCCAAUUCACAAUCUUAGACCAGAAAAUAAAGAUCUUAUUAUUCUGCUCUCAUGGUAGCGUCCGGUACUACUAGGUCAUCAUGCAGACUCAAUCCUACACCUCCAGUACUACAACAAUCAUGGCUUAUCCACCUCGACCUGGGUCACAGAGCCCUACUUUAACGGAACCAGAUAUGAUUCUUCCCCUACAAAAUGAAACGACUUAUGAUUCUGAAUCAUCUUCGCCGCAUACCUCUUUUCAAUUUGCUUCCAUGUCGGGAGAUGCAUGGCAACGGCCAGCCGAUUCCCAAUAUCAAAGUGGGCUGCCGUCUAAGACACCAACUACGCCAAUUAUAUAUGGGAAUGGAACAAUGCUAUCAGAUAUAGGCGAGGUAACAGAGGCGGAAAGUACACCAGCAAAGAAAUUACCUGGUCCUGCCGAACGAAGGUUUAUCAAGCAGCAGCAACUUCAAAACGGUCAGCGAGUAAGCUCAGUAUCAUUGGGGCAUGAAUUGAGAAGAUCUGGAACCAAGACGGGAACGCAUGAGAGGAAAAUAUCUAUGGAAUCCGCAAGCACUAUUACUUCAGAACCACAAUCUGCCAUGUUUGAAGAUAUCGAUGAUACAGUCAGCGUGGAUGAUAGUAAUUUCCAGGGUGAUGAUGAGGAGAGUGUGGCGGAAUCUUAUACGGACACUUAUCGCGAAGAGCUUGUGGAAACGGAAACACGUAGAUUAUCGCGUAGGCAAGGAAAUAUUGAAGAUGGGGAGGAUGAUCAAAAUUCGAGUGCUGCUUUGAGUAGAAGGGCCGAACAAAUUUUAUUGAAUGCCAAACGUCGACUCAAUGUGAGUUGUGUAAAUUCAAACCAGCUUCAUACACUAACAAUCGCAUUUUAGAAUAUGGAGGGGAAUUUAACACGAGCGCGAAGUUCCCUUUAUGUAACGCCUUCUAUUUCCAUGCCUUCGAUUUACAGCAGUAGUCCUUUAACCAAUCCAUCUCUCUUACAACUCGACCGGCGCAUAAGUGGUGUACCUUCAAGACAACGAUCAUUUUCUAGUUUCCAAACAAGUUCGGCAGCUUUGAGUCCUGGUCAUUCGAGGGUCUGGAGCGAAAACAAUAUAUCUCCUUCACGAGCAACAGCAUUCCCAGUUCGUGCCUCAAGCGCCGCAGCUACGUAUAGAGCUAGAAGUAGUAUGGGCUCACACGCAUCAAAUCCAGCAUCGCCAGGUUCCCCGCCAAUGAUCAAGGAGGAGAGUAAUGGAAACGGAAGGUCAAUAGGAUCCGGUCGAUCUUCACCACAUAACAGGAUUUCUCCCUCUCAAGCAUCGCAUCUUGAACCUCUGGUCGAGGAUGGGGUUCCCGAAUUUGAUGACAGGACUAAUGGCCGGACUAAUCCUGAUAGAGAUUAUUCAACUGUACGAGAAGGACGCUUGAGUCGUUCUUCCUCAACUUCAAGCAUUAGAAUGCAGGAUAUACAGCAUCAAAUGCAUGACCUGAAAGGGAGAUUGUCAGCUUUGCGAGAUCGUGCAAGGGAUGAUAAUAUGAGGCGUCGCAGUCUCCAAAGUUUACGGACGCCUAGUCCAUUCACGGCGGGAGAGCAGUGGUACAAUGGAGGUGUUAAUGGCCAAGACGCAAAGGCAGAUUCAGUGGUAGAUCAAGGUCAAUCGAAUGGGACGCGGAACGACGAUCCUUCGAGGAAUAUGUACUCUGUACAACCGUCCCAACCAUCUACAAGACAAGCUCCAAACUAUGCCAAAUCAGAUGCUACGAGCAUAUAUGAAGAUGUGGAUGAGAGCCAAAUGAAGUCACCUGAAUUAUCGAGCGCACGCCAAAAUCAAACACCGAUAUUGGAAGAAGAGGGCUAUGAUACGUGUUCAGAAGAGUCGGAAAUUUCAAGCAACCAUAGCUACAAUGACGACCGUGAAGAAUUCAAUGAAUUUGACAAUGAGGACAACAGUGACGCAUCAAUUUAUCACGAAUCAGUAACCGAGCAGAUAUCACACGAGGAUCGUGAAGAUGCAUUUGAUUACGAACAUUUCUUCCUACAUAGCGCAAUGGGUACGAUUAGUCGAGAAAGAAGAGGAAGUGUUACCUCGGAGGAUUCUGUAGAAACAACACGAGGACCUACAGCUCCAAUGCCUCUUGUGGAGAAUGGUCAUGACCCUAAUCAACGAUCAUCCGUGGUGCAUCUUAGAUCCGACAGUAACGCUUCUAUUUCUACUCUAGCCACUUUUGCGACUGCCAAGUCAAAUAUGGACGAUGAAGAAAGUAGUGAAGAUGAGGAAUAUCCUUUCGAUUCAACAGCCCCUUAUACUGAUACACGUAAUCAUAACACUCCGGACUCACCCACAAUCGCCCCUUAUAAUUCAAGGAGAGACGGUCCUAUUAGAAACAUAGGAUCUACAUUUGGCUCUUUGCCGAGAAACACCACAAUCCAUGACUACAACGACAUUGGGAUAGCUCGAGGCUCUGGAUUAUAUGAUAUUGACAUCAGAUCCGACCUACACUCCAGAAAUCGCUCCCUCGAUUCUGUUAGCUCUAACAGUACUGCUCGUAGCUUCCCUCUUUCCAUCAAAGUCAGAGAAUUCCCCAAUAAUAACUUCACCCCACCUGGUACCGCCUCUAGUACCAUUUGUCAUCCAACACGCACCACAUCCCUAGAACAUAAUCGCAACAAGGCACGAUCUUCACCAACCCAGAUGCUUUCCGACGAUGACCAAAUGCUCGUCGAGCGAUUAGUCGCUAGUCUGGGAAAAUGUAUCUCGGGUUUACAGAAUACGGAAGCGGGAAAUUAUGAUUCUAGAAUUUGGAGACGAAGACUAGAUGCUGCGAGGAGGAUUUUGGAUGGUGAAGAAGGUGCUAUUUAAUAGCAUAUACCCAUUCAUUCAUUUUUUUAACCUUUUUUUAUGUUAUUUCGAUUUACGACUACCUUGCGUUUGAAUUAUCGCGUACACCAAAAGAUUUUUAAUUUAUCAUUUGUCAUUUGACCAAAAAUUUUCUUGAUUCUGGAGAGAAAAUCGGCAAGGAAUUGGGGCAAUACCCAGAAAUAGGUGUAAAUGCGAAAAUGGACAGGACAGGAGCAUAUACAAUGAAAAACGCUACGGCCAUAAUUUUUGGGAGCUGGUAUUCUGGGAAGGACAUUUUUUUAAGUAAGAGGAUGAUUCGGUUUUGAGUAGUUGUUGAUUGCAGCUUCUACCGCUUUUACUCGCGUAAUAUGUUUCCAUAAUUUUUAUUUUUUAUUUUUAUCGGGGUUUUUUUUGGUGGUGGAGAGACGGAGAAGUGAGA